GUUAGUAUAAAUCACACAGCCAGGAAUAUUUGAAUUCAGCAAUUGCAGGACAAAAUGUGAUUAUUGACAUGUGUAAAUCAGAAUCUUUCAUUAAUUGAGGACUUCAGUGCAGCAGGACCAAUGAGCGUGCGUGCUUUGUGGAUUAUUUCUCACGAGAAGGGAGAAAAUGUGUCGAUACGCUUUUCAAGGAGGUUUUCCACCGUGGAGCACCGUGCGAAGCGCCUGGCAGGUUCCUCAUAUGUAGCAGUCCCAGAGGAAAGCACUGUACUGCAGCUCCUGCUCACUGAGCUGGGCCUUUCAAACUCGGACAAGUCUUAUGUGGCUCUCAGAGAUGAUUGCCUUCACCACCAGCGGUCACCAGCCCUGGAGCUGCGUGUGGAUGGUCCUGGAAAGGGGACACUUUGGCCGGUGUUGGCCAUCUCACAAGGGCCUCUUAUCCUGGCUUGCCUGUCUUUAGUGGAUGUCCCUCCUGAGCCACGGCCACCCCUUGCCAACCUGCUGUCAGUCUCACAGGGCCUCACGUUCCUGGAAGGCCUGCAGACUUUUCUCCUCGGCUCGGGGAGUAAGCCUGAUGGUGAGGGGCUGGUCUCUCGCCUGGCAAUGCUGCCCUCUGUGCUCCUGCAGGUUUGUCCACUUGGCACACCCCUGGAUGUGCCAGUACUGGGGGCACCUGCUACGCCCACAAUGCCCACACCUGCUGGGAACCAGAAGCAGCCGGCCUGGAAGACUGGGCUCCACCGCGGUCGGGCUGUUGUGAAUGUAGCACUGAUAGAAACAGUACGCUCCAUGCAGUAUGGCAACCAGAGCAGACAGGACCUCUGGGAUGUUUUCGGCACGGUGACGUGCAAAUGUGAAGUGGAGGGAGUACUCCCAAAUGUGACAGUGACCCUCACACUGCCACCAAAUGGUUCUCCGCUGCAGGACAUCCUGGUGCAUCCCUGUGUCACCUCGCUGGAUUCUAGUAUCCUGACUGCCAGCAGUGUAGAUAACUAUGAUGGCUCAGCUUUCUCUGGGCCAUAUAAAUUCCCCUUCUCUCCUCCUCUGGAGCCUUUCAGACUGUGCAGUUACACAUCUCAGGUUCCUGUUCCCCCUUUCCUUGGAUCCUAUCAACUGAAGGAAGAAGAGAACCAGCUGCGUGUGUUGGUAACCCUCAAACUUCAUGAAAGUGUGAAGAAUAGCUUUGAGUACUGUGAAGCACACCUGCCCUUCUUUAACAGGGAUCAGAUGGGUGUUGUGGAUAUGAAGGUGAGCUCUGGACAACUGGAUGUUUCAAAGGAGAAGAACCUGCUUGUCUGGACCCUGGGACAAAAGUUCCCUAGAUCUCGUGAGGUCACGAUGGAGGGCAGGAUCACCUUCUCUGGACCAGCGCCAGGACCUACUGACCCCCUAUGCACAGAACUUACAGCUUACCUCAAACUGUAUUUCAAGGUGCCUGACAUGACGCUGUCUGGAUGCUGCGUGGACCAGCAUUCAGUGCAAGUUUAUUCCUCUGCCAAACCACGGAUUGUAACAUCACGAGAACUUCAAUCCAAAGAGUACUUCAUAUGGAAUUCAACAGGUACCGCUCCGGUGUCCUCUGGGCAGAUGAUGCUGUAGCAUGGAUCCAUAAAGAGUCGCUCGGUGGAAAGGUGCACAGGUCACUACAUAGUAACCGGACUGAGGACCCUGUCGAGUACAUUCGGUGAUCCAGACUGGAUAUGUGACCCCAUUAAAUUCAUUUGUUACUGUCUAGUUGUUGCUGGAGUGUCACAAAUGAUAGAAAACUGAAAGACCAGCUAAAAUGGAUUAUAUAUAUUUUACAUGUUAUCUAAUAUUCACAUGUAAAAACACUUUUGCCUUCACUCAGGACAGAUCACAAUGUGCAAACUUUGACUGGCAGAAGUAUUGAUUUUGUCGAUGGAUAGCUACUUAAAAAAAAAAAAUACCUGCCCCUGUAGUCCAACUUCUUUCAUCCCCCAACCUUCCCCCUCCCUCAAAUUUAUCCCACUGCAGACACAAGGGCCACCCCUCGCUCUGACAGUCCCACUUCAGUGACUCUCCAUCAGCCGGAUAAUUAGCAGCUGGGACCUUGUCAUCAGCUGUUGUGGGCCUGGAGGAGCGGGGCGGCUGGGCUGUGAAAGGCCAGGCUGCUCUGGCCAGUGUUUUGGCUACAAAAGGCUCCUCUUUUAGAGCUGGCAGGAGUCCUUACCCCGACCAAUCACUCACCCCCACCUCUUUUGACCCCAUCCCCGCCCUGUCAACUAGUGGUUGGUUCAAACACACAGCCUCUCCAACCAGACUCUGAUUGAGCGCUGACCCUCUGGACCUCUGAGACUUUGAAAGCAGCCGGUCCCAUUCAGCGAGCAGGACCUGCCUAAUUGGCGAAAAAGUCACAAGGACGGUAAUGGUUGGGUCGCCUCUUAAGGUUGCAGAGGUGCUUUAACUCAAUUAAUGUAAAACUUGAAGUGUUUGAUUUUGAUCUUUAUUGCUAUCACACAAUUGUCAGGGUCGACCUCCCUUUAUCUUUAAUUAGUUAUAUAGAAAGUAUUUGAAGAGAUGCAUUGAGGUUCAGACACUUUUUCACAGUUUACCAUUAUAUUACCUGAACUAUGAUGAGUUACUCACUAACUCUGUUACAUUUCUGCCACAUGAGCUCCAUCUCGGUGUAUUAAGUUGAAUGAAUAACCAGCCGAUGAAGGGUUAAAUCAGAGAAGAUUGUGCCCCACUAUGUUGCAGCAGCCAGACUCCUCUGAGUGCCCUCAUUGUCUGCUGUUGGCCUCUUGUGCCCCUUGCUGGUCCAAAUGCUACAUUCUCACGUGGAUUUCCACUCAGAAGGCUGACCAUGACCAAUCCUCUGUCAAUUGGAACCAAUUGCUCACACGGCAUCCUUCACCUUCUUUUUAUGUAGCAGUACAGAGUGGCAGACACCAAGACCUCUCGGCUCUCCCCCUCCACGAUGAUUUGGCUUUAAGGCCCAGUGUGUGUGGCUAGCGAACUGGAAAAGGAGAAGUUUUUUUUUUUUUUUU